AGUCGAGAGCCUGUCGGGGCGGCGCUUUCGUCGCUUUAUACCUUACCCAUACGCGAAUAUACAUAUUUCUAUAUUCAUAACUAUAUAGAUAUUUACUCGCGAGUGUUGUGCGUGCCCUCCGUGAGUGUAGUUGUUUGUUGAGUGUGUGUGUGUGUGCAAGUGCCGGUCAAUCGACGUUUGUGCAACGCAGCACGCGCGCCCGAUACGUACAAUCGUAGUACUCGGUUGUGGUGUACAUUUUACGUAUUGUUACUCCCCCGCGAAAAGUGUCCACUCUCGCUCUCCCGUUGCAAGGUCCCAGUCGUAUACCCCCCACGUGAGUCCGUGUCUUUGUCCCGUGUGUUUUUGCGUGCGCGAGUGUUGCACAAAAAAAAGCCAAGGAGGAGAAAAAUAAGUGUUGUCGUUGUUGUUGUUGUUUUUGUUUGUGCUCGCUCUGACGGAGAGCAGCCGCUUCUCUCUAUCUCUGUGUGCCGCGAGCGGUGCGCUCGCCCGGAGUAACAGAGGGCCAGAGCCUAAAUUGGCUCUCGCAUCGUCGUCACCAUAGUCGUUAUCGUCGCAGCAUCAACAGCUAAAAAAGCGAAAUACAGAAAAAAGGGGGCUGUUGCCCCAGUGUUCGGCGAGGGAGCCUCAGCGGCUCCCGUCGUUGUGCAGCUAGUGGAAGCUGCCGUUGCUGCUAGUGUGAAUGGACCAGCCUAACCCUUGGCUCGUCGUCGCAUAGCACGCGCCGCCGCGAGUGCCACCAGUGUCCUAUACAGUUCGAAGCUGUGUCGUUCGGCCUUUUUUUUCGCCGCGCGUCGUUUGUUUUGACAAGUGCGAGGGCCCAAACAGUGCUUCUCUCUGUGUCUGUGCUGCUGCUUCUUCUUCUUCUUCUUCUUCUGCAAUUUUGUGUGUUUGUGUGCACGAGUCGUGGUGGUAUUGAUAUAAAAUACAGCCACUGAUAUAUAAAAAAUAGUGGUUCAGGCUCGGCAGUGUAAAGUGAGAGAGAGAAAAAAUAAGGAAGAGAGUCCAUCGACCUCUUGUGUUAUUUAAAUAUUAUACUCGGUACUGCAGCAGCAGCUACUACGCCGCCCGUGUCGCAGCAGUGUGUAGCCGGCUCAUCGUCGUCACCCGUCGUCGUCUACGACUCCGCCGCAACUUCGUCAACGAGAGUGGAUCGGACUACAACAACAGUCAUGGGACUUCAUCCAACGACAGAGCAGCAUAGUUAAGGUCAGGCUGUCGAUGCCUGAUGGCGCGAGCUGGCACUGGACAGCGCUGGAGGAAUCCUGCUCCAGAAGGUGACGAUGUACAGCGAUCGAUCGAGCUGUUGGACAAGGUGCUCUCCGAAUACGACGAGCACGAGUCGAUCGAGAGCGGAGGAGGUAUCGAGGGCGGAGGCGGAGGCGUCGGCGGCAGCUCAGUUGUCGUCAUCAGCAGCGGCGGCGUCGGAGUCACGGCAGCCACCUGCACGUCGACGGCCCAGACGACGACGUCAGCAGCCGACAGCAACAGCAACAGCAGCAGCACCGAGCCGAGCAUUGGCCUCACGCCGGAUGAUGAGAGCCCGUCCUUAGGGCAUCAAUCUGAGGACGACGGAUACAUGAGCAUGAAUGGUAGAAAAGCGAAAAUGGCGUUGGUAGCAUUACGUCCGGUACCGGAUUGCCCCGAAUCUCAGGAUCAGAACGGCACUCCCGCGCAGGAAUUUCCUCCACCACCAGAAGAAGCUGAACGAAUAAUCUCCACUCUCUUACCGAUGGUUUCUCCGGGAAACUCGACGAAGAGAAGCGAUCAGAAGCAGCAACAGAGACAGCAGCAGCAGCAGCAACGUCAGAACGGCGGAGCUGGUAGCCAGAAGCAAUGGAUAGCUCACGGCUUAGACGAUCCAAAACGCUCGGGACAAGCUGUCACCACGCAAACCACCCUUCCGAAAACGAGGCAUCAGAGGCCGUACGGAUGGGAGAACGGCGUGGGUUACACGGGUCCCAACGGGCCCAACAACGGUGGCAACGCCGAGCCGUUCCACCUGGCCGAGCCGCCGAGUCCGCCGAGCAAGUUCGCCAGUCUGCCCCUCGACGGCAAGCUGAGCUUCAAUUGGGCGCCGGCCAGGCAGCAGCAGCAGAAUAACUCGUCCUUGUCGACGCCUCAAGAGCAUCAGAACAGUACGACGGACAGUAGUAGCAAUAAGCGUCGCAGAGACUCGUCCGAGGACGGCCUCGAGGAUCUGCGACAGUCGUCCGAGGACGGACUGGACGAGGAGGACGAGGAGAACAACGACGACGACGAGGAGGCCGAGGACGAGAGAGAGGACGACGAUGACGACGACGAUGUGGAGGACGAGGACGAGUCGAAUCGACCUAGCCCCGAAAAGGAGCGAGCGUCGUCGGUUCACAACAAUCAUCACCUACAUCAUCACCAUCACCAUCAUCAUCACAUCUCUCGGAGGCCUCCCCGACAGAACGAGAUCAUCAAAUCGAAUAGCGUGGAGGACCAUCUACUGAUGAACAAUCAUUUGGAAUCUCGCGUCAGCGACGCCGGCAGCAAUAACGGCUGCACGAACAACGGUUCGAGCUCGCGCUCGGAGCACCACUACCAGCAGCGCUAUCACCAUCAUCAACCGCAGCAUCAGUCGCAACAGCAACCACAUCAUCACAAUCACAAUCACCAGCAGCAGCACCAUCAUCACGCGUCGUCGACGCAUCGCUCGGCCUCGUCGACGGCCUCGGCGCACCACUCGGCUCGCAGUCGCUGCCGCAACAACUCGGACUCGUCCGACGGCGGUGUCAGCGGCCGCGGCGUCGGCGGUGGCAGUAUCGGCGUCGUCGGUCGCUCCUGCUACUCGCGCGCCAACAGCGAGUCCGAGAGUCGCUCGUCGAUGCCGCGCUCCACCUCGGCGAGCGUCGAGCGCUUCAGCAUGCGCGCCAACUGCGACUCGAGCGACUUCUCCCGGGCCAACAGCAUGUCCAACGAGCGAUUCCACUCGGACUUCUCGCUGGCCCGGGCCAGCGUGGCCAGCUCCAACGAUCGAGUGAGCGUGCCGACCUCCGAGCCCUUCUCCAUGCGCAAUCUCGACUUUGUGCCGUUCAGCCUGGGUAGGUCGGAGUCGAGCGAGCGCUGCUUCUCGGGCCUCGCGGCCUCCGACAGGUACUCCGAGGGCCGCUGCUCCGAGGUCUUCUCCACGCGCUGCUCCGAGUUCUCGACGCGCAACUCCACCGACUUCAGAACGCAGUCCGAGGAGGAGCACUUCUCCGACGACUCGCUGGAGGAGCUGCUGCCGCCGCCACCGGCCGUGAGCAAGAGACACAGCAUCGCUUGGGAAUUGACGCUGGACGACGAGCCGGUCUACAUUCCUGGCAGUACCAAAGUCGUCGGUAGACGCAGAAGAAAGAGCAGCGACGUGUCGAGCGUGGGCUCGGCAUCGAAGCUGCGGGACUUCGACGAUUGGCAGGACCCGCGAGUCUCGACGACGGACGACGACCUGAUCUCGCCGUACUCGGACUCGUCGUGCAACGACCUCGACCAGAUACGCCCUCAGGACUUGAGCAAGCACGGUACUUACGUGAUCCGCAAGGGUCGCAAGCGGGAGCGCAAGCAGCUCCCGCCGCCCAGCAGCAACAAGUCGCCGAGCAAGAGCAUCGACGACGACGACUACGACGACGAGCGACAGAACGGCACUCACGGCAUCGCGGAGGUCAGGCGCUACUCCAAUACCUUCGACAAUCUCAAGAGCUUGCUGAAGGAGUCGUCGAAUCACUUCGACGUCACGUGCUCGCCGCCGAGCGAGUUCGCCAAUCAGACGUCCUCGCAGCCGGACCUGUUGCACAUGGUGCUGGACGAUCCGGCGGACGACAAGCGCAGAUCGGUCAUACACGUGGAGCCGUCGGCGCCCAUGGAAGAAGCAGCUGCCGCAGUCGUGGCAGCGAUAGAAGCCAAAGUCGAGAAGAAGACGCUGGAAGAAGUGGCGAGCGACAGAGGAGGAGCGGCGGAUCAGGUGAAAAUAACGAGCUUCGCCGAGCGGCCGAGCGAGUGCAACGGCAUCACGAUCAUGAACCUCGAGCCGCCGAAGGCGCUGGACGAUUUGCCGCAAACGACUAAUGCGCGGCACUCGCUCUACGAGCCGAAGCAGCUCGACGAGAAGAGCGCCAAGGAGGCUAUAAGCGAGAACCGGCGCCAGAUCGACCUGAUGAACGAGGCCUUGAAGGAGCUGGACAGCGCCGAGUCCGAGGCCGUGGCUGCAGUCGCGGCCGCCGCGGCGACCAAUUCCGGCAGUAGACGUCACUGGCGCUCCAAUGGCUCGAAGCGCAACAGCUUCGACGGCGAGGGUGUCAGCGCCAAUGGCAUCAGUAGCUGCGAGAGAAGACGAGCCGAUUACGACUCGAGUCGCAGAAGACAGCUCCAACAACCGCCACCGCCGCCUCCUCACGCGAUCGACGUUACCGAUGCUGUGAGUGCUGGUGGUGCCGGAAAAUCGGCCAGCAUCGAAAGAGCCUCGGUCGAGCGGAGACGCCUCAAUGGUAGAACCCGAGAGCUCGAUCUGCACAAGAACGACACGAAACAAAUUGAAAAUGUAAUCGACGCGAUACUCGAGGAUUCUAAGAAGCCCGAUUUUCAGGUGAGCGUCGAAGUGCUGGAAUUCCCGCCUCUUCCGCCGUCGCCCGUCGAGGAGGCCGACGAGGAGAGCUCGGACGUCGGUGGUUCCGGUGGCUGCAACGGCACGUCGUCGUCCGCGACCCGGGACACGACGCCGAAAGUGCCGAAGGUGCCGCCACACGCGAAUCGCACGAUGGAGUACAGACCGCGCGUACCGCCGCAUCGAGGCAUUAGCCUCGACUCGUCCAAGGAGCAUCACACGACCUCGCUCAACACGAGGUCCAUGGACGCCGGUUACGCGCGCGGCCGUCGAACAGCCGCGAGCAUUGCCAAUGCUCGACGAGAGCAGGUGCCGGUGGAACGAAGGACACUCCCCACAGAUCUACCCGGGCCGUCUUCGCGUCGUCACAGGCCGUUCACCAAACGCCUGUCGCCCUCGACGGAGGCCUGCACACCCGGGGGCAGCGGCAGCGGCAGCGUCGUCCAGUCCGGCAGUGUGGUCGGCACUACGAGCUCGGCGAAUGGAGGCGGGGGCGGUAUGCAGACCAGCUGUUCGUUGCCCGAGACGCCGGUGUUCGCGCGCGGUAGUGACAUUCCCCGGACGCCGCAGCACGCCAACAAUAUAGGCGCGCCGACGACGCAGCCGCGCAGAGCGGCGCCCGGAUGGUACGCGCCCACUACUGGAACCGGCACUGGUUAUCGACGCAACAAUCCAGGCCUGGAGCAGGCCAUCAUCGGCACGGAGCUGCUGCGACUCGCCGGCGGACCGGGACGCGGUUGGUACCCGACGCGCAAAUCGAAUCAGCCGCGGCCCGCCUCGAUCGAGCACCUGGAGCGGCUCAACGCGACGUACGACUCGCGCAUGUCGGCGGGCACGGAGCCGCGCAAGCCGCUCACCCUGCCGACCAACAUCACGCCCAACAAGUACUUCGGCCAAAGUAAGCACAACACGUCGACCUCGACGACUCGCGAAGCUCUCAGGAGGGUCACUAGCUUGCUCAUCAAGAAAGGAGGAGGAAGCAAAGAAGGCAAGAACGGCAAAGAUAGUCUCUCGCCAUCCGGACCUUAUGCCAGCGUCGAGACGAACGAUGCGCCCAAGAAGAAGGGCUUCUUCAAGAACUUCUGGAAGAGAUCGCGCCACUACUCCCUGGAAAACCAAUAGCCCAGGUGCGCCAGGGUAGCCAAUCGCCAGCGAAGCCAGCAGCAGCAGCGCUCGAGCCAGCGUCGUCUGAGUGGUGGCGGCAACAGCAAUCAGCAGCAGGACCAACAGCAGCUCGUGCUGUCGAGCCAUCCCUGCUGCUGCAUCGUCCAGUGAAUUUAAUAAAAAAAAACCCUCUAUCUACAGGAAUAAGAGCUUCGACGAGAAACAACAGCGCCUCGUGUACUAACGUGGAUUAUUACGAGGGAAGCUCUUUCAACGUAUUCUCCUUGAUUUUUCAAAACUCGAUUUUUUGUACACCGACAAGAAAAAAAAAUUUGAAAAAAAAAUGAAGUAAAGAAAAACGCGUACGCAAGAGUACUACGCGUAACGUAGCCAUGCACACACUCACAUGAUUGAACUCUUGAACACACUAUAAAGCGAGACUGCACUGACACUUGUGGCUUUUCUUUUUGCUAUAUACAUAGGUAAUAUCCCCGGACAGCUGAAACGUGAAUUUCUUUUUCAAAGCGCAGCGCUUACGAGAAUAAAAUCAACCGACGUUUUUGGUUACUUUGAAUUCAUUCCUAGAAAACUGCGCGCAAAAGAGCUGAGAGGAUUAUUGCUUCCAAAAGCUUGGCCAAUUGCAAUACACUUUCAACUCAAAAGCACAUUCGAGCGAAGCUGCGUCCUGGGAUAUAUGUAAUAUCGGUUCUGAUUUCAAUUGAAACGGUUGUUGCGAAAUGCGGCUUCUCUUCAUUUUUUUGCUUUCGGGGGAAAAAUAAAGUAUAUGAGGAAGCAGACAGAUGAGUAGCAAUUUAUAAUCGAGUCCAAAAAUAUAAAUUAGGAGAACGAGAUUAGAUCAUUUUUGGGGGGCUGGGAGAGGAAAAAAAGAGUUGACUUGAGAUUUUCUCCCAAAUUAUUAAAGCUGGGCAUUCGCCGAUGGAUUGUCUACCCUGACGUGUUUAGCGAAAAGAAGUGGAUGAUUACUUGAGCGUUUUUUCAAUUUUGUAAACAAAGUUUUUACAAAAGCUAAUAUGAGAAAACCACGUGGAGAUUGAUGGGCUCUCCGAUGUUGAGAAUAUUAUAACAUUGACCGUCGUCUUGGGGGUUAAGAAGGAUUUGUGAAAUAUAGGGCUGGUGCCAAUUAAUUUAUAUUUCACUUUUUUAUCCAUGAUAAUUAUAUAUUUAAAUGUAUAAAGUGAGAAUAUUUUUGUUUCGUCGACUAUAGAGAAAUCAAUUUAUAACGUAAUGAUUUUUGACAUUGAAUUCGGUUUCAAAUUAUUAGAUCUGUAUAUGUAUUAUUGAGUCACGAGUUAGUUUUUAUUUCAAAUGUGAAUUUUGGUAAAAUUACUCUACGCAGAAAAAAGACAUCCUACGUACGUGCAUCGUACGUAGAGAAAUGAAUUUAUUUAUUUUUCGUUUACAAUUAAAUUAUAAUGAAAAAAUUUUCACGUGGUAAUGAAUUUUUUACGACUAUCUGUUCCUUAUUAACCAGAAAUGUCAAAAAGUGAUUUAAGAAUUUUUUCUAAGUGCGUUCCACGCGAAACCUUACCGUUUCCGGGCUGAACGCCAAUUUGUCUAUAUCUCUAUAAUAUCAGAUAAUUUUUAAUAUUUAACGUAUAUAUCAUAAUAAGUAAGUAAACGUGUGUAUAGACUUGAGAGAGAAACUUGAGAGGAGAAUGUACAAUCGGCCCGAAUGUCCAGCCCCAUCGCAAUCGAAGCGACAUUUGUUUUUAUGAAAUAAAGUAAAGAGAAAAAACAAACAAAAACAAGAGAUAUGGAAAAAAACUUUUUGCAAUAUCUAUAUGCUGUACAAAAAUUUUGUACUGAGUUACAACUUUGAUGAUGGUAUUAGUGUCCAUCGAAACUUUUUUAAUAUUUAACAAAAAAAAAGCAUAACCCAAUUUGAGGGACUUUUAUUUUUAACAUCGGUGUCACCAAACGCGUAAUCAGUACAAAAAAUACCUAAUUCUUUCUUAAAAAUUAUACACUAUUUUUUUUUUCAAAAUAAGCAUUAACAACAUUUGUACGAAUCUUUUUAACGUAAUUAUUCAAGCAAACGAUAAUAUUUCGCGCAAUAAAAUAAUAUGAGCAUACGAAUUUUGUAUUGUAUAAUCCUAAAACAAACUUUUUCAUAAAAUAAGUUUUCCAUGAGACUGUAGACCUACUUCAUUGUUUAUAAAAUGUAGUAUGAAUUGUUUUUGUACUUUUGGUAAAAAAUAACAGCUGCUCUUGUUUUUUUAGAUAAAGAAAGCGAAAAAUUUUAAUAAAAAAAAGGAAGUAAACAGAUAAUGAUAAAUAAGAAACUUUGUUGCCGUGAUGUUGGAUAGUGUCUGGCCGCGGAAAACAUUAUAAAUUAUAUGUGUUAACGUUUACACGGAUCAUGUAAAAUGAAUGCAAUGUGAUGAAAAAUGAAUUUUCUUAGAUACUUUUUUUAGUUUAUUAAGGUCAUUGAUGAUAAUAACAUCAUCAUUUUUAAAUUCAACGUCAGAGAAAUGGUUUUUGUUGAGCCUUUGUUUCUUUAUGUACUUUUACUUUGUUUUUCGUAUAAGAUAAUAUAAGAGAAAAAAAUUAAGUGAAGAUGUUAAAAAAAAAAUUAAAAGAAAAUGCUUGAUGUCUUCGUUGGGACAAGCAUUAUACAUUUAUGAGAGUAAUCGUAUGAGAAAAAGACUUUUAAUACGUCAAAAUGAUCAGCGUAACGCAUCCGAGUGGAUCAAAAAGUAUUUCUGUACUACGAUAUGUAUACACGCAAACACCCACCCACACACUCACACACACAUACAAUUUAAUUUAAGCAAAUAUAUAGUGAGACAGAGAAAAAUAAAAAUACGUGUGUCAAUGAGCGAAAGAGAUCGAGUACGAGAGAUGCUGUGUGUAUGCGUGCUUGUGUGUGAGAGUGAGUGAGUGAGCGAGAGAAAUAAAACCUUCUAUAAUACGCGUGUGUAUCAUCAUGCACACACCAUAAAGCAAAAGUCCGCGCGCGUAUGUGUGUACGAGCGAAGAAUGGGGAAGUGCACAAAUGAGAGCGAAUAAGCGUUAUAAUAAGUGAGAAAGCGUGAACAGAAGGGCUGAAACACGACGGCGAGAAAGAGAAGAGAAAGAAUGAGUACAUCAAAUGUACCGAUGGGGGUGAUGAUGAUAAUGAUAAUGACAGUGAGAGCGCGAUGAAUAAAUUGAAAUAACAAAUUAAUUACAAGAAAAAAAUAAAUUAAUUAAAUAAUAAUAAUAACAACGUAAAUGAAAACCAACAAUGUUAAUGACACAAUAUUAUUAGAUACAGUCGCAAGUUCAUAUAGAAAAUCAUUAACAUGUUGUAAUGUUGCUAAUAAUGUAAUAUUUGAUUUAAACCACUGCGAUUAAGAUAACGAUAACGGUAAUAAUAACAAAACAAUUAUAUUAUUACAUAUUAUUUAUAUUAUUAUUAUCAUUAUUAUUAUUAUUACGAAUGACAAUUAUGAAUGGAGAAAAACACAAUUAACGAGAUUCUAGCUGAUAAUAUAUUAAUUAUUACAAUGACAAAAAAGAUAAAAGAUCA